UGGUGGUGACUCCAGCCCUUGCCUAUGCCCUGGUAGCCCAUGGCAUUGGAGCUCUCCUUUACCCACGAGGCUCCUUGACCGAAACGGUAAUCCCCUAAGCCAAGUUGGGUAGCAUCUCUGCGGCCGUCAUUCCACUCACAUUUCCGGAGCCAACAGGACAAGUUUGAGUUGUACUAUCAAAAUGGAAAAUCUACUUUUCUGGCUGAUCUUUUCUACCCCUGCAUGGACCAUCAUCGGUGGCUCUGAAACAGAACAGGAUUUUACCUGGCACUUACGAAAAAUACCUCGGGUAGUCAGUGAAAGAACUUUGCAUCUUUCCAGCCCCAAAUUUGAAGCAGAUGCCAAAUUGGUGCUAAAUGGAAUAUGUGGUAUUGAAUGCCAGAAGGAACUGCCAGUGCCAAGCCUUUCUGAGUUGGAGGAGUCCCUCUCCUAUGAGACUAUCUUUGAGAAUGGCACUCGAACCUUGACCCAAGUAAAUGUCCAGGGACUGAUGCUCGAGCCUACUCAGAACACUACAAGAAAAAUAACACCCAGGAGAAAGCGACAGGUCUAUGGCAUUGAUAGUCGCUUCAGUAUCUUGGACAAGCGAUUUGUAACCAAUUUCCCUUUCAGCACAGCAGUGAAGCUCUCCACAGGUUGUAGUGGUAUUCUCGUCUCCCCUAACCACGUCUUAACAGCAGCUCACUGUAUUCAUGAUGGACGGGACUAUGUCAAAGGGGGCAAAAAACUAAGGGUGGGGAUGCUCAAGAUGAGGUCCAAGAGGAAUGGCAAGAAACCCAGAGGUUCUAAGAGGAGUCGACGAGAAGCUGAGUAUGUAGAUCCACCCCAGGGUACCCAAGAGGAGCUGAAUAUGAGAUCCAAGGGAAGGAGAAGAAAGAAAGAAUCAGGAAAGGGUCAGAGAGGUUCUGAGGGUAAUCCCUCUUUCCAGUGGACCAGGGUCAAGACAACCCACAUUCCCAAAGGCUGGGUUAAAGGAGUAAGUGGAAAUGUUGCUCUGGAUUAUGACUAUGCUCUUCUUGAAUUGAAACGCCCCCACAAAAAGAAGUAUAUGGAGUUGGGCAUCAGCCCAACCAUCAAGAAGAUGCCUGGGAGUAUGAUUCAUUUCUCAGGUUUUGACAAUGAUAGAUCUGGGCAACUGGUCUACCGGUUUUGUAGCGUGUCAGAUGAAUCCAAUGACCUCUUCUACCAGUACUGUGACGCGGAACCUGGCUCUACAGGAUCUGGCAUCUAUCUCCGCCUAAAGGACCCAGACAAGAAGAAGUGGAAGCGCAAGAUCAUUGCUAUCUAUUCAGGCCACCAGCAGAUGGACGUCAAUGGAGUCCAGAAGGAUUAUAAUGUUGCUGUACGCAUCACUCCUCUCAAGUAUGCACAGAUUUGCCUGUGGAUCCAUGGAAAUGAUGCUGAUUGUACUUAUGGCUAACUGUGCCCACCCCAAAAAGCCACAUUCCCAAAACACAGCAAAAACCAAUCUCACGUUACUACAACAGCACCUCAUCUCAGGUUAUGUUUGACUUUGACAUCUAUCAUCAGCAUUUCAGCAUUUUGGAAAUUAUUCCUAAAAGACAAUGAGAAUAUUUUCAUAAUUUUUUAAAGGAGAAUUUUAAGUCUGUGUAGCUACUAAAGUGGAACAAGCACCCCAGUGCUAAAGUUUAUACUGUUCUUUAAAUUGUGGUCAUUUUAAAUUGUUUGUGACUAAAUGUGUUUCCUUCUGCCUUAAAAAAAAUUAGGCAAAUUUUGAAGCCUCAAACUGGUACUAUUUAAUAAUAGGUAAUUUCUCAAUAGACAUGUUUUCAGGGUUCUGCUCUAGUUAGUAUCUAAGGUAAUGGACACUCCAUAGAACUUGUGGAACUGUAUCUGCAGAAACAGGUAAACCACGACGGACAGUAUUUAAAAUAGGUCAGCUGAGAAAUACUAAGAACCCGAUGAGUAUAAACACUGUAUUAAUCUGUAUUAUUAGGUGCUAUUUUUUCUCAAAGUAGAAAUUCCGUUACUCUCCCUCCCCAAGAAACAAUUAUUUUUUUCUGACAAAUAUUAUUAGCUUUCUGUCACAUAUGCCAGUUCUUCGGCAUCUAUUCUAUUUUUAAUAUUCUCUGUUUCUAUGUAAAAAAUCAUGUUUUUGAAUGAACUGGCCAUUCUAAUCAGAUCAUCUCCUUACUGGGAGCAUCCAUAUUAAUUCACCCAAGUUCAAGUAACACAACUCAGAGCGGGUAUGGUCUUGGGACCCAUUUGGUAAGAAAGUUAACCAAGUUAAGGAUCUCCUAACUAAGAAGCAAAUAGCCCAGGUAAGACUUGUGGGUUUAUGAGCCUUAGUUGGCAUCUGGAAGAUAUUGCUAUGCUUCCCUCACUCCCCUAACUUUCACCCAAUUCAUACUUUGCUUAGCAUAGAAAUAUUUUUGUUUUUCCUUCUAAGGAGACCUAGGUAUACCUUUAUACCAUUGCACAAGCUGUAUGUUUGAAUCCUGAAAUGCAGGAUUCAGAGGAAUCAACUUAAAUACAGUUCCAGCUCACAUUCUUUUGUACUGUGUGUGAACUUGUGUGAAAUAAUUAUAUGUGUUUGCUAAUUGGUGCUUUAUUGCUGGUGCUCCAUCGAGUACAAGAAUGCAUCAUUACGGAGCCAACAACUAAAAAUCUUUUCUUGGCCAUCUUCUAUAUGAUAAUAACAGAUCUGAGGGAAAUAAACAUUUUUGUGGUUAGAUAUAUUCAAACUAGGCAAAAGGAAGUAGGAUAUAGUGGCUAGGUGGCUGGCCAUGU